UCCCGCUUCGCUUGAAGGGCGGAAUUCGGCGGCGGCGGCGGCGGCGCAGCCAUGCGGAUUCGCGGAGGAAGCAGCCCCGCAGGGGAUCCUAGGCUGAAGCAUCGGAUUAAGCAGUACCUGAAGAGUAACAAAUGUGGCAAGUAUGUUGACAUUGGAGUUUUAGCUGCUGAGCUACAGAAAACCUACAGUGCUGAUUAUGGACGAAGAAAAAGAAAUGCCUUUAGAAUACAGGUAGAGAAAGUUUUUGGGAUAAUCAAUGAUGAGCUGAAGUCUGAAGAUUUAGCUGCUCUAGAGGAUGAACAUUUGUCAAAGAAAGCAAGACACAAAGGGCAGGAAGAUGAUUCAGAAAGCUGCAUGGAUACUUCGGACACUGACACAGGACUCCCACCCUCAAAUCACAUGAACUCAUCUUUGUUGUCCUUAUAUCGGAAAGGAAAUCCAGAUUCUCUUCCAGCAUCUCCCAAGAGUGCGCAGACAAUGUCCAAUACUCCUUCACAGAAGCCUGGAUCGAAUAGGCUUCCCACUCAAACACCAUCUGAUACCAGGAUCUCAGAAGGUGGCUGGUUUAUUGAUAAAACCCCAGACAGGAAAGAGGAAAACUUUUUUAUCGACCUUUGUGCAGAAGAGGAAAGCGAUGGUUCUAAACAGAUGGCUGAGGAUUCAAAAGACAUUUCCUUUCUGGAGAAACCCAAGAGGAAGAGAAGUAAAAGGAGGAACGAGUCUCAGGAAGUAGAUGAAGAAAUAGAAUCUUCUUUGAGAAAACAGAAGAUUAAACAGAAAGGGUUCGAGCUGAGAACUUCUUCUGUGAAGUUUGAGGAUAUAGGAGGCAAUGAUGACACUCUGAAGGAAGUGUGCAAGAUGCUGAUACAUAUCUGUCAUCCUGAAGUAUACAACUAUUUAGGAGCUGUUCCACCUCGAGGAUUUCUCUUGCAUGGACCACCAGGAUGUGGGAAGACGUUAUUAGCUCAGGCAAUCGCUGGGGAGCUUGAACUGCCAAUACUCAAAGUAGCUGCUACUGAGAUUGUGUCGGGAGUGUCAGGUGAAUCGGAACAAAAGCUGAGGGAACUGUUUGAGCAAGCUGUGGCCAGUGCUCCAUGCAUCCUCUUCAUAGAUGAAAUUGAUGCUAUCACACCCAAGAGAGAAGUUGCCUCAAAGGACAUGGAGCGGAGAAUUGUAGCGCAGCUUCUGACUUGCAUGGAUGACUUGAAUAAUCUGGCUACUGCUGCUCAGGUCCUAGUAAUUGGGGCAACAAACAGACCAGACUCACUGGAUCCAGCCCUGCGACGUGCAGGAAGAUUUGAUCGAGAGAUUUGUUUGGGGAUUCCGGGUGAAGCAGCCAGAGAGAAAAUUCUGAAGACAUUGUGUAGAAAACUCAGAUUGCAGGAUUCUUUUGACUUUGGUCAUUUGGCUCAUUUGACCCCAGGCUAUGUCGGUGCUGAUCUCAUGGCACUGUGCCGUGAAGCCGCAAUGUGCACUGUGAAUAGAGUUCUCGUUAAGCUGGAGAUGGAGCAGCACAAAGUCCUAAGAAGUAACGAAAGGUCAUCUGGACAAGACAUGGAAAAGGAUACUGAAGAGCUUGUAAGAAAGGAUAUCAAAGACCCAGAUCUUCCCACUAUGGGUGAAUUGCAGAGGCUCCUCCAGUUGCUAAAGGAACCAAACCCCCUUGGGGAGGAUCAGUUGCAAAAGCUAUGCAUUGAGUUGAAUGAUUUCAUUGUUGCGCUCUCUUCGGUACAACCCUCUGCCAAGAGAGAAGGCUUUGUUACAGUCCCCGAUGUGACGUGGGCCGAUGUGGGCGCCCUGGAGGAUAUUCGGGAGGAGCUCACCAUGGCAAUACUGGCACCCGUGCGGAAUCCUGAGCAAUUCAGAGCCCUUGGCCUCUCGGCUCCAGCUGGUGUGCUGCUUGCUGGCCCUCCUGGUUGCGGCAAAACGCUACUUGCUAAGGCUGUGGCAAAUGAGUCUGGACUGAAUUUCAUAUCUGUGAAAGGCCCUGAACUGUUGAAUAUGUACGUGGGGGAAAGCGAACGUGCUGUACGUCAGGUUUUCCAGCGUGCAAGGAAUUCGGCGCCUUGUGUCAUAUUCUUUGAUGAAGUUGAUGCUUUGUGUCCUCGGAGAUCAGACCGUGAGUCGGGGGCCAGUGUCCGUGUAGUGAACCAGUUGCUAACAGAGAUGGAUGGCCUGGAAUCUCGUCGUCAGGUUUUCAUUAUGGCAGCCACCAACAGGCCAGAUAUUCUAGAUCCAGCUAUUUUGCGCCCAGGAAGACUGGAUAAAACACUCUAUGUCGGUUUGCCACCACCUUUGGAUCGCCUUGCCAUCCUAAAGACUAUUACUAAAGAUGGAACCCGACCCCCGCUUGACACUGAUGUGGACCUUGAAGAAAUUGCUCAUAAUCCUUGCUGUGAUAGUUAUACGGGAGCAGAUCUUUCAGCUCUAGUGCGGGAAGCUUCUGUCUGUGCCCUGAAAGAGGAGAUGGCAGUGCUGAAUGCCGCAAACAGGAAAGGAGAAAUCAAGAUUGCCAGAAAACACUUCAAAGCAGCUUUCAAGAAAGUUAAAUCUUCUGUAUCGAGAAAGGACCAAAUGAUGUAUGAAGAGCUGCGCAAGUCACUGAGCAGGUGAUAGCAGGAUGAUUCCUAACAACCAACAUGUUGCUUAACCUGAGAAGCUCUCCCGGUGAACUAUUUUUCCAGAAGCAUCUUCAUGGAUUGGACUUAACCUUGGUUUUGCUUGCCUGCCAAUCUCAACAUUGCUGGACUCGGUUUCCGAGAGAAGUUCUAUCACGUCGUAUAGUAAUUAACAUUUGGCCACAACCUUUCAAACUGGUCUCCAGGAUAUGGCCAGAAGAUACAUGAUGUGGCCAUCCGACUGAAGCUAAGCAGCCCUGGAUCUGGUCAGAAACCCCAUAUAUUCAAUGAAUUCUGUGAUGGAAGAAAGCGCAAGAUGUAAAUGUUGUUUUAAAAAUAUGCCGUCAGCUGUCGCGGGCUUCUCCCCAUCACUCUUCAGACGUUAAAUUUUUCUUUGCGCUUUGAGACAUUUGGUUAAUAUUGUUCGUGUCCUGCUUCUAAGCUGAACCGGUUAAUACACAAAGAAGCAAUAGCAAGUUAACCUACCCCAUCAAGCCUAGCCCAGAUAGCAGGGGUGGGGGACCUGUGAUGCUCCAGAUGUUGGGAGUGUAGUUUCCAUCAGCCCCAGAGAGCAUGGCCAAUUUUCAGGGAUGAUGGGAGUUGUAAUCUGACAUUGGACUGCAAGGUGGGUGCAAGUUCCCUAUCCCCAUCUUACCCCACAGAAAGGAAAACAGCCAGGAAGGUAAUAGGAGUAAUGUUACCAUGAGGGUAGUUACUCUGCCACCUACUAUGCCUUUCCAAAAAAAAGUGGGCAGCAGGGCCCAGCUGAGGAGAGGGGAAAUUGUGCUGUUGGGCAAGCAGAAAUGCUUUCACUGGCAGAAAAAUAUCCUUUUAAACUACAUUGAAAACUUAAGG